CCCACCCACACGUCGAGUUUGCUUUUCUUGAAAAUAUUCUGAAUAUUGUUAUUCCAGACACGUUCUCUUGUAACGAAUAAUAUUGGGCUAUGUGGCGAUUUUUAUAUUAUGUGUGCAACUCGCAUUUCACUGUGCCAUUAGUUUGUUGAGGCGGUUUCCUCGACGGGCGUGAACGUAUGGAACAGUUAGAUGUUUUGUAAUUAAUUCGUACGCCCACCAGCCUGUGACAUUCUGAUUACUAUCUGUUGGUGUACGGCAUUUUGCAUGGCAGAAGAUAGUUGAUAAAGUGACGAUGUCGCUUCAGAAAAGUGUUAAAAGUGGUAAUGGUGCGGAUAGAAGUGAUCUCGCGGAUACCACUUCGAUAUGUUCUUCCGUCACCACGCAGCCUGAUAGGCACGGCUUUUUCGGUGGUGCUCAAUACAGUCCGGAACCCAAGAGGACCGUCUCACCGAGCACGAUACUGAAGCGGGAACAGAAAUGGCUGCGCAUGCUGGACAAUUGGGAGGCGUUUAUGAGCAAAAACUACAAGAAGGUGCGCGAGAGGUGCAGGAAAGGCAUACCAGCGUCAGUGAGACCCAAAGCUUGGCUGUACCUCUGUGGUGGACAGCUGCUACUCCAGAACCAUCCCAACGAAUAUGAAGAGUUACUACAAGCUCCCGGGGACCCCAAAUGUAUGGACGACAUCAGAAAAGACCUUCACAGGCAGUUCCCUUACCAUGAGAUGUUUAUUAGGGAAGAAGGACUAGGGCAACAGGAGUUGUUCUCAGUGCUGAAGGCAUAUUCAGUUCUGAACCCAAAGGUGGGCUACUUCCAAGCGCAGGCGCCCGUCGCAGCAUUCCUCCUGAUGCAUAUGCCAGCGGUGCAGGCCUUCUGGUGCCUCGUCAGCAUUAGCGACAAGUAUCUUAAAGGCUACUACAAUCCAGGACUCGAGGUACUUCAACGUGACGGUGAUAUAUUGCACGCUUUGUUACGGCGGACUGCGCCCGCCGUUCACCGUCACCUCGUCAAGCACAAGGUGGAGCCGGUACUGUACGCCACCGAGUGGUUCCUGUGCGCACUCACCCGCACACUGCCCUGGGACAGUCUGCUGCGGGUCUGGGACUGCUUCCUUUGCGAAGGGGUCAAGGUUUUAUUCAAAGCAGCACUAGUGAUUCUGGCCGGUGCACUGGGAUCAGCGAAGGUGCGGAAACGUGCGUCCGGACUCUGUGAGACCCUAGAGGUCCUCCGGCAUCCGCCAGAGGGCAUCCUGGGCGAGGAGUACCUGAUGUACCACAUGCAACGGCUGAACCUCACAGAGGAGGACUUCGAGUUUGAACACCAGCGGCAGACGGCCAGGCGGCGCGCCAUGCCCAACAGAAGUGGUAGCUGAUUCAGCGAUUGCUCCUAUAAGCGUUAUUCAAAGAAUAACGCACGGGACCUGUUCAACACUCUAUGAGUACGCGAGUGCAAUAAUGACAGCCACGCAAUUACAUACCUUAAGUGCUUUGUGAUAAUGACGGUAGUGAUACGAUACGAAACCGAACUACACGACUGUCAGUGAUAAGUGCGACAAACCAAUAUGAACUGUAUUAGUUUAGUGUAACGUUGAUGAUCGCUUGCACAAGUUA